AGUGACACAGGAUGACCCCAAGUGUCACAGCCUCAGCAAGCACCGGAACGAGGCCCCCCAGCCCUUCACGGGGACGGCCAAGAAGUCUCCAGAAUCCCCGGUUAAGCUGGAUGCGCCCCCAUCGGCCUGCCCACGACAUGUGAGGGUCAAAAACUGGGGCAGUGGGAUGACUCUCCAAGACACACUUCACCACAAGGCCAAAGCGGAUUUGGCUUGCAAGUCCAAGUGUUGCUUGGGAUCCAUCAUGAACUCCAAAAGCUUGACCAGAGGACCCAGGGACAAGCCUACCUCCCCAGACGAGCUUCUACCUCAAGCUAUCGAAUUUGUCAAUCAGUAUUACAGCUCCUUCAAAGAGGCAAAAAUAGAGGAACAUCUGGCCAGGGUGGAAGCUGUAACAAAGGAGAUAGAAACAACAGGAACCUACCAGCUGACGGGAGAUGAGCUCAUCUACGCCACCAAGCAGGCCUGGCGCAAUGCCCCACGCUGCAUCGGAAGGAUCCAGUGGUCCAACCUGCAGGUCUUCGACGCCCGGCGCUGUUCCACUGCCCAGGAAAUGUUCGAGCACAUCUGCAGACACCUGCGUUACUCCACCAACAACGGCAACAUCAGGUCGGCCAUCACGGUGUUCCCGCAGCGGAGCGAUGGGAAGCAUGACUUCCGAGUCUGGAACUCCCAGCUCAUCCGCUAUGCCGGCUACCAGAUGCCGGAUGGCACCAUCCGCGGGGACCCCGCCUGCGUGGAGUUCACCCAGCUGUGCAUCGACCUGGGCUGGAAACCCAAGUAUGGCCGCUUCGACGUGGUGCCUCUGGUCCUGCAGGCCGGCGGCCGCGACCCUGAGCUCUUCGAGAUCCCGCCCGACCUUGUGCUCGAGGUGCCUAUGGAACAUCCCAAGUACGAGUGGUUCCAGGAGCUGGGGCUGAAGUGGUACGCCCUGCCUGCCGUGUCCAACAUGCUGCUCGAGGUGGGUGGCCUGGAGUUCCCAGGGUGCCCCUUCAACGGCUGGUACAUGGGCACAGAGAUCGGAGUCCGGGACUUCUGUGACGUCCAGCGCUACAACAUCCUGGAGGAGGUGGGCAGAAGGAUGGGCCUGGAAACGCACAAGCUCGCCUCACUCUGGAAGGACCAGGCUGUCGUUGAGAUCAAUGUCGCCGUGCUCCACAGUUUCCAGAAGCUAAAUGUGACCAUCAUGGACCACCACUCGGCUGCAGAGUCCUUCAUGAAGUACAUGCAGAACGAGUACCGGUCCCGAGGGGGCUGCCCCGCCGACUGGAUUUGGCUGGUGCCCCCCAUUUCUGGCAGCAUCACCCCCGUGUUCCACCAGGAGAUGUUAAACUAUGUUCUGUCCCCUUUCUACUACUACCAGGUGGAAGCGUGGAAAACCCACGUCUGGCAGGACGGGAAGCUGAGGCCCCGGAGAAGAGAGAUUCGGUUUCAAGUCCUGGUUAAAGCCGUGCUCUUCGCCUCUAUACUGAUGCGCAAGACCAUGGCGUCCCGAGUCAGAGCCACCAUCCUCUUUGCGACGGAGACGGGAAAAUCGGAAACGCUGGCCCAGGACCUAGGGGCUUUGUUCAGCUGUGCCUUCAACCCCAAGGUUCUCUGCAUGGACGAGUACAGGCUGAGCAGCCUGGAGGAGGAGCAGCUGCUGCUGGUGGUGACCAGCACCUUUGGGAACGGAGACUCCCCCGGCAAUGGAGCGAAACUGAAGAAAUCCCUCUUCAUGCUGAAAGAGCUCACCAACAAGUUCAGGUAUGCCGUGUUUGGACUCGGUUCCAGCAUGUACCCUCAGUUCUGCGCCUUUGCUCAUGAUGUCGACCAGAAGUUGUCCCACCUGGGAGCGUCUCAGCUCAUCCCGACGGGGGAAGGGGACGAGCUCAGUGGGCAGGAAGAGGACUUCCGCAGCUGGGCCGUGCAAACCUUCAAGGCAGCCUGUGAGGCGUUCGAUGUCCGAGGCAAACACCGCAUUCAAAUCCCCAAGCUCUACACCACCAAUGUGACCUGGGACCCGCACCACUACCGGCUCGUGCGGGACUCUCAGCCUUUGGACCUCAACAAAGCCCUCAGCGGAAUGCACGCCAAGAAUGUGUUCACCAUGAAGCUCAAGUCGCGGCAGAAUCUACAGAGCCCCAAAUCCAGCCGCACCACGCUCCUGGUGGAACUCUCCUGUGAGGGCAGCCCAGGCCUCAGCUACCAGCCUGGAGAGCACCUGGGGGUUUUCCCAAGCAACCAGCCAGCUCUGGUUCAAGGCAUUUUGGAGCGAGUGGUGGACGGCCCCGCACCCCACCAACCCGUGUGCCUGGAGACCCUCAGCGAGACUGGCAGCUACUGGGCCCGGGACAAGCAGCUGCCCCCCUGCUCCCUCAGCCAGGCCCUCACCUACUUCCUGGACAUCACCACGCCCCCAACCCAGCUGCUGCUCCGAAAGCUGGCUCAGCUGGCCACAGAAGAACCGGAGAGGCAGAGGCUAGAGACCCUGUGCCAGCCCUCAGAAUACAAUACGUGGAAGUUCACCAACAGUCCCACAUUCCUGGAGGUGCUGGAGGAGUUCCCGUCCCUGCGGGUAUCUGCCAGCUUCCUGCUCUCCCAGCUCCCUGUCCUGAAACCCCGGUACUACUCCAUCAGCUCCUCCAGGGACCGCACCCCCACGGAGGUCCACCUCACCGUGGCCGUGCUCACCUACCGCACCCGAGAUGGCCAGGGUCCCCUGCACCAUGGUGUCUGCAGCACAUGGCUCAGCAGCCUGAAACCCCAAGACCCAGUGCCCUGUUUUGUAAGAAGUGCCAGCGGCUUCCAGCUCCCCGAGGACCCCUCCCGUCCUUGCAUCCUCAUUGGACCCGGCACGGGCAUUGCCCCCUUCCGCAGUUUCUGGCAGCAGCGACUCCAUGACACUGAGCACAAAGGGCUCCAGAGAGGCCACAUGACCCUGGUGUUUGGGUGCCGGCGCCCAGAUGAGGACCACCUUUACCGGGAGGAGAUGUUGGAGAUGGCCCGGAAGGGGGUGCUGCAUGAGGUGCACACAGCCUAUUCUCGCCUGCCUGGCCAGCCCAAGGUAAUGGGGCAACUGCCCGUGCAGUGGGAGGAGCAUUAAAAGCACAGACUCUGGUGGGUGCCCUGGCUCCCCACACACACGCCCCUCACAUCUCUGAGCCUUCAUCUUAGCUCUAGAAUGUAGGCAGUUACUGUCAGAGCGAUGCUGGGAAGCUCUUCCAUUCACUCUUCCGGGAGAAGAGAUAGGCCCUGAGACCUUCAGGACAAAGUCAGGGCCACAUGGUGGCUUAAUCCCCAGGCACAGCCUGCUGAGAUCCUUCCCCUGAAAC